UUCAUUUGUUUUUCUAAAAUAAAAAUGCCAGUGUCGGUAGGUAUGCAAUGAAUGAAUACGCCAUGAUAUAAACAACGGGAAUCUGUUUGACUACAAUAAUGACGGAACUGGAACCUUUAGUUCUCUGCAUGGAGAAUAUCAGUGGAGAAGAAGUAGCACUGAAGAUUGAACCGCAAGACUCUUUUCAGGACUUUCUGGAGAAUGCUAAACUUCUAUUAGGCUAUGAAAUGGACAUAAACUCUAUAACCGAAAAUCAACCAGUUUCUUUAGACAGCAACAUAUAUAAUUUUCUAUUAGAAGCAGAACAGAAUUUUAAAAAUUCUACACUCAAUCAACAAAACCUUGAUGAAAUAAUGGAUGAUAAUGAGACAGAUGAUCUAGUUUACAUACUAGAUGAUGGUACUCAGAUACGUGCUUCCCAAAUUCAGUUCGAUAAUGAUGAUCCUCUUGUAGAUUUGACAGCUGAAAAAAUACCUUUCGUUAAAUACAAGGACGAAAGUGAUGAUGAUAACAAAACAGAUAUAGAGAAUACAGAUAUUACAAUAAAAAAUAUUAAUAUAUUAGGUAGUCCAGUAGAGCGUUGGUCGAGUAAAGAUAGCCCUAAGUGCAGUUUCGCUAAUAGUCUACCUUUCAAUGUAGUAUGUAAUAACACAUCGAACUUUGAGGCGCAAUUUUCUAAAUACCUUGAAUCCAAUUCUAAAACGUACACAAAUUUGAAUAAUGCUAAUAAAAAUAAAUCACCUAGAAGUUUAAUUAGGGAGAAUUAUAAAAAAUAUGACGAUAUUAAUAGCAGGAACGAUGGGUUUCUUACAAGGGAAGAUAUAUUAAAUAUGUUUAAAGAUACACCAGUGACUCCUUUACCUUACGAUGAUAAUACUCAAUUUGAUAAACGCAGACACGUAAGAAAAACAGAUCCGUCCAGACUAGUUUAUAAAAACUGGAAUGCCAAACCUAUAAUAGAUAUUGAAUUGGGCUUAGAGAAGCAGAAUUGUUUCAUUUGUUGCAAAAUUGUCAAGAAUAAUGAAAAAUUGUAUUUGUUUGAUAAGGAAGACCAGAUGCUACAUAGGUGUGAACAAAGAAAGUACAAUACACAGCUAAAAAUUAUAUGCGAAAAAUGUCUAACAGAAAACUUCAAGCCAAGUAGAAUAAAGAGUCCGAAUCAGUCAUUAGACGAUGAUGAAUAUUUAGUUAUAAAAAACAAUCAACAAUUCAUAUUCCAAAAAACGAGUGAUAUAAACCUGAAGAGUAGUUAUUUUAUUAAUAACAUUAACAUGAAUAAUAACAAUACAGACAAAAUUGACAAAAUAAAUAAAUUGACGAAGAAUAAAGAGAGUGUUGAGUUCGUGAAAGUUGAAAUUGGUCCGGAUGGAGAGAUUGUCACUAAACCGAUAGACAAUGACGUGAAAUCUGAUGACGUCAUUAUAGUUAAAGAGAAAAAGGACAGUUCAAGUGACGUCGAUAUUAUAGAACCGGAAGUAAUGGAAGUGGAGGCGGAAAUAGAUGUGGAUAAUUUAGAGGAUGUGGAUGAAGAUGUGAAAGAGUUUUUGGGGAAGUACCAGUGUGAUAUUAAAAAUAAGGAGUUCAAGUGCAGGUUUUGUCAGAGAGAAUUCAAGAAUUUGGAUGAAGCUAUCGACCACUGUGCGGAACAUAAGCACGAGCUUGAUGAUGGGGUUGUAUUCCCAUGCCCUCUAUGUGAUUACGGUUACGCAAAUUCAAAAUGGCUGAAAGGUCACCUGAAAGCUGCUCAUGACAACUUGAAGGAAGAUCAUGAGGUAAAGGAUGAAAAUAUUACCAUCAAAGAAGAAGACAGUACCGUUAAAGAAGGAGAUGAUACUGUUAAAGAAGAAAAGAAUGAUAAAGAACAAAACAAUACUCCAGAAUCUUCCCCCGUCGCCAAAAGAACUAGAAGUUCCAUCAAGAAGAUCGACGUUGAUAAUAUUAACAACGGUAUAGAUGAACAACAACCUACAGAAAAUGGGAACAUUGCUAUCCAGCAAGAACAACCAAAGGUAAAAACUGAAGUCGAACAAGAAUGUCAAGACAGCAGCGAUGGCGAUUCCAUAUGGAUAGUGCAAACAGGCGAUGAUGACGAGCAGCUGAAUAAUUUGUUACGGUUAACAGAUGUGAAAUCAGAUGUCAACGAUUUAAAGAGGCACAAAUGUUUUUCUUGCAGUCAAAUCUUCCCCACGGCAGAUAGUCUGAGAACUCAUAAAUGUCGAAAGCGAGUUGGUAAACGACGAUUCAAUUUACUAAAGGAGAAGUCUGUGGUAUUGGUAUCCAGAGAAGAGGAUUUUAUGAAGAGGGCUCAAAAAAAAAUUCGUGAAGUAGAAGAUGACGAGAAUAAUGAUCUUUUAGUCGUGAGACCCCGUAAAAGAAAAACUCGUGAACUCAGCGAUCCUCAAAUUGUCACGUGUCACAACUGUAAUGAGUCUUUUACAUCGAAAGUGAGACUCAAAUUUCACAUGCAGUUCCACGAACCGACCAACCUUCUGACCUCGGAGGGUCAGUACGUGUGCGCGGAGUGUGAAAACGCCACCUUCGUCUCAGAAACAAAGCUCUUCGACCACGUGCACUUUCAGCAUAGCAAGCAGAAACGCUGGCAGUGCCCACUCAAGGACUGCGGGAAGACUUUCUUUUUGCGGGCAACAUUGACGAAACACAGUCGCACACACACAGACACAAGACGCUACGUCUGUGUGACUUGCGGUAAAAGGUUCCUCGACAAACAGACUUUGGACGAGCAUGGAGUCACACAUCUCCAGAUCAAACCGUUUCAAUGCCACAUAUGCCUCAAGCAGCUGACGCGCAGGUCUCGUCUGCGCAUGCAUUUGCGAGCUCAUGAGGAAGAGCUUUCGCCCGCACUGGUGCUAGUGUGUGCGAUCUGCAGCCGGGCUUUCAGAGAUCACGUCGACGCUCAGGAGCAUGCCGCAAAAUCCACGGAAUGCAUUGAUGAAUUUACAAGCGAUCUCAAAGAAGAGCCGGAGCCCACCGAACAACUGUCUCCCACCAGUGGGAUUGUAAGACACACUUUGCCCGUUGCCGAAUCCCAUCGCAACGAAACGUGUAUACCGAAAGAAGUUAAUAACGACAAGAGCGAAAAACUAUUGUCACCUUUAAACGACGCCGCCAGAAAUAUAAUACGCGUGGUAGAUAUCGAGAAGGCUUUCCGAUGUGAAUAUUGUGAAGAUGUAUAUUACUUGGAGGAGGCUUUAAACAGUCAUAGAACAUUACACAAAGGUGUCAAAAAUCCUUUUACCUGUCACAUUUGCAAAGUUAACUUUGCUACAUACUCUAGGUGCACAACACACAAAACGACACACGGUUUUUACAAGCGGAGUACCAUAGAGGGACGUACGGAGGGACGCACUGGCCCAGCGAGUGCUGGCAUUCUUGGUUAUGGAGGUUUCCCUGUAGUGAAACACUUUCUGUGUGAGGACUGUGGUCGAUCUUACCUACAUUGGACUUAUUUCCAAGUUCAUCGCCGUAUGAAACAUGCUAAUGAAAAUUAUAUUUUCAAAUGCAAUCAGUGUGAACUAACUUUUCCAAACAGUUGGAGCGCAUCUUAUCACAGAAAAAAAAUACACAGUAAAAAUGGGCAGGACGAAAACGGCGGUUUUACAAAGAUCAUUCGAGAAAAUAACAGAAUUCCAUGUCGUGAUUGCGACGAAGUUUUGCCAGACAAAAUUGCUCUCUAUAAGCACAGACAGAAGGAGCAUUGCGAUGAAAGUCUGAUGGAUAAAGGGGACUGGACAGAUAACGAAGACUCUGAAACCACAGUUUGCAAUAAAUGUGGUCAUGAUUUACACAGCGUAGCAGCACUGCGGCAGCAUAUCAAAGAAGUUCAUGGUGGCUCUCCUGUGGCUCGUGCGCACUCGCACGCUUGCCCGGUAUGUGCGCGCUCAUUCCGCUCAGCAUCCGUACGCAAUGAACACGUUCGUGUGCACACUGGCGAGAGGCCGUUCCCGUGUGACGUAUGCGGAGUCGCUUUUAGACGUUCCACAGCUAUGCGGAACCACCGGCUCAUCCACACGGGCACCCGGCCCUGGGGCUGCUCACGGUGUCCCAAGCGAUUCCGCGUCAAAUCCGACCUGAAGACCCAUAUGAGGCUAAAGCAUCCCGCACAUUUGGCUGUAAUCGAGAUCGAAGGGUUGCACUGUACUACAGAAGAGGUCCUGCAACAUCUGAACAACAACAAUAUAAGUCGGGACAAAGUUAUUGAGAUUACAAUGAUUUCUUUUCCCAAGAACACCACAAACAUAGUUCCCAACACAAUGCGAGCUCUGUCCAUGCUAAGCGACAUUCCGAGAACGCAAAUCGCUUGCGACUGGGACACGCGGGCGUCUUCGCUUGAUCAAACCGAUGUAUUGCAACCACUCCGACGCGGUAGGGGGAUAGACAAAAAUCCGCGCAAGCCCACCAUACUGCAGCGAAGCGACGAGGCGGGCCAAGGUCGCCAGGAUACCUACAACAUGCCAUUGCCAAACUUUGAUGGAGUGAAUACAUCGAGUCUUAACGUUCAACUUCUACUCCAAGAUGACACCUCGGAACUCGUAGGCGGAAACCAAAUGGUUGAACCACUGAAGCUGGACGACGGAAUAUUAUUGUAGUUAACUUUACCUACCUGCCUCGAUAGUCCAGUGGUUAGGUUGCUCGCUUACGGACCACAAGAUCUCGGGUUCGGCUUCCGUAUCAAUUCAAAAAUUGCAAGAUAUCCCUGUUAUGAAAUUUAUAGUAGCAGGCU